GAUCCAGAAGCCUCCGAAAAUGAGCCAAUCGCAGGGGCCCGUGUCGUUCAAGGACGUGGCCGUGGGCUUCACACAGGAGGAGUGGCAGCAGCUGGAGCCGGUGCAGAGGAGGACUUACCGGGAGGUGACGCUGGAGAACUACAGCCACCUCGUGGCCGUGGGCGGUGACGUCUCCAAGCCACGCGUGAUCGUGAAGUUGGAGCUGGGAGAGGAGCCAUGGCUGGCGGACAGAGAGCUUCCCUGUCUGAGUCCUCUAGAUCCAAGCCUAUGACCCAGAGCUCUGGGUGUGGGGGCGAGACCGGGCCCUCCUUUGCUAAGCGGCUGCACUGAGACCAGUGGGCACCGGCCAGAGGGCAGGUACGUGCAGGUCCUUGAGGUGGGCUGGCAGAGGGCUGUGUCCAGUC